AGCUCUUCCCCACUCACUCUCUUUCUGCUCUUUUAAUUUUCCUUACUCUCUCCUCUUUUCAUCUCUCUCUUGCUUUACCAUCUUAGUUAAGUCUCCUCUAUGACACUACCAGUCUUAAACACUCCUUUCUUCUUCCUCCCCUUGCUCUUAUCAACUUUCCCAGUUGUUCAAGGAGCAAGCUGGUGCGUUGCCAGGAGUGAUGCAAGCUACAAAGCUCUUCAAACCGCACUCGACUAUGCAUGCGCCUCCGGAGCUGACUGCACUCCUCUGCAGUCAGAUGGGCUCUGUUUCCUUCCCAACACCAUCCAAGCUCAUGCUUCCUAUGCUUUCAAUAGCUACUACCAACGUAGAGCAAUGACUCCUGGUUCCUGUGACUUUGCUGGCACCGCCACUGUUGCUAAAACUGAUCCCAGUUAUGGAUCUUGUAUGUACCCAUCUUCUCAAAGCACGGCAGGAGGGAUAACUACCCCAACAACAACAUCACCAACAGUGACGAACAACCCGAAUCCACCAACUACUACGACUAAUUCGCCACUCGCCAGCGGUGAUGGCAAUACCGGACUAAAUAAUCCUGGACUGACCCCUCCAUUUCCCACGACAGACGACUCUAGAGCCUCAUUCGAAUGUAUAGUCGACACAAGCUUGACAUCCGUCUUGCUCUUACUCAUUCUAUCGUUAAUUUUGCACCCAAUAUGGAUCUUUUAAGCUUAGAUGCAUGACCCAAGGAUGGA